UUAUUUAUGAGUUAGGUAUGACAUUGACUUGACUCGACGUCAAAAACAAUGUCAAAAAGCACUCAAAAAGAGUUGUAAAAAUAACAACAUUUCAUGUCUCAGGAAUUUGUUGCUAUUCAUCGGAAUAAAUAUACACAAUUCGUUUUGAACAUAUAAGCUCUAGUUUCGGAGGUAACAGAAUCCACAUAAGCAGUGCACAAUGGGCGCACCGAGCGAUUGGCAAUUGGAAUGUACUGAAUUAAAGCAGAGAGGAGCUUAUUUGCUUCAAACUGGUCAAUGGUCAGAUUGCACGUUCCUGGUGGGCAGUGAGCCCAACCAGGAAGUUAUAGCUGGCCACAAGCUUAUCCUAGCGAUGGCCUCGCCCGUCUUCGAAGCUAUGUUCUAUGGGGGCAUGCCAGAAAGGAAUGAUCCCAUACCUAUUUUGGAUGUUCAAAUUGAUGCUUUCAAGGAUCUUUUAGAAUACAUAUACACAGGAAAUAUAAAUUUAUGUUCAUUUGAUAAAGCUUGUGAAUUAUGUUAUGGUGCCAAGAAGUACAUGUUACCUCAUUUGGUGAAGGAAUGCACACGGUACUUGUGGUCAGAUCUUUAUCCCAGGAAUGCAUGUAGGGCUUAUGAGUUUGCUCGACUUUUUGACGAAAAUGUUCUUAUGGAAAAGUGUUUACAGAUAAUCAGUACAAACACAAAAGAAGUGCUAAACGACAGUAGUUUUGAGGAAGUUGAGUUAAAUACAGUUAUAACUGUGUUCUCUUUGGAUCAUCUGAAUAUUGACUCAGAAAUGGAUCUCUUUAAUGCUGCCGUGAGGUAUUCAAAAGCGAUGGAACAGAAGAAAAACUCUGACAGAAGCACAAGUCCAUCAAAUGAGGGCCAGGCCCAUGAGAGAGUUGAGAGCCCUGGACCUUCCACAUCUAAAGAGAGUUCACAGGUGGUAAACGUGGAAAGCAGUGCCGAGAACAGCCCAGCCGCAGCGGCGGAGGCUUGCCGCUCUUGUGAUGGUGAUUCCACCACGCCUGCUCCAGACACUAAGAAACCAAAGACACCGCCACCAGACAACAAACCGACACUCCGGAGUGCGAUAGAAAAGAUCAGGUUCCUCACCCUCACGGCCCAGCAGUUCGCGGAGGGACCAGCCCGGUCCUCGCUGCUGACUGAGUCGGAGGCCUUCACGGUCCUUAUGAAUAUCCUGUCCACUAACUCGGAUGUGCCCAUGCCUACUGGGUUCUCUACGUGCAGGACGCCGAGGAAACAGCUGAUCGGAUGCGGACCUUCUUGUAAUCAGAUGACAACGUUCGUGGUGGACACGCCGAGCCCGGUGGCGGUGGAGCAGGUGUGGGGCGAGGGCAGCCGCGCGCCGCCCGCCAGCCUGCCCUACCCGCGGCCCACCAGACAUGAGAACCUAUGGCCAGUGCUAGGCAUGGUACUAGACCACACAGAACGACACGGAGGUGACCUGCACAAGAUCUACUGCCGCCGCGCUGUGCUGCAGCAGACGGACUGCCUUAACACUAGUGUGCUCGACUGCUCUGUGACCUUCAUGGUGGAUAAGAAUAUCUGCUUAUUGGGAGUGCAGGUGCCAACACAAGCGCCGAGCGAGGAGAACGCAGGCACGGGCGGUACCGCGAGCGGCUACUCGGAGCUGCUGUACGCGCACCUGCUGGACGCGGACGGCGCGCGGCUCACCUACACGCACUACACCAGCCGCGUGCCCUACCGCCACCUGCUGGACAUCCUGUUCAACCGGCCCGUGUACAUCCAGCGCAACAAGGUAUACAAAGUGGGGAUAGUGUUCAACAAAGUGGGUUGGUAUCCGAUGGGCACAUGUACGCAGCAAGUGGCGGCUGAAUCGGUGUUCUUCAACUUUGGAAUUGGGCAAAGCAGCGAUUCCGUACGGGAUGGACUCAUACGGUCUAUUAUAUUCACGUACUAGACGAAUUGGGACUUCCGAAAAAAAUAUGGAGUAUCUGGAUUACUUUAAGGGCAGAGUUACCCUAUGCAAGAUGAUUGAGAUGAGCAAUAAUUAAA